UGUCAGCGGAACACAGGUCGAGUUUACUUCCGGUUUCUUCUGUCCUCAUUAACCCAGCGGGUCUGACAGGUGGAUGCUGUCGGUACCGUUACAUCUGCCUGCCGUUAUAACCGGGUCGUGGUGGUUGAGCACAGGACGUCACCGCGGAGAACAACAUGUCGGCCAGCGCGGUGUACGUGCUGGACCUGAAGGGGAAGGUGCUGAUCUGCAGGAACUACCGGGGAGAUGUUGACAUGUCAGAGAUCGAGCACUUCAUGCCCAUCCUGAUGGAUAGGGAGGAGGAAGGAAACCUGUCUCCGAUCCUGGCCCAUGGAGGAGUCCGCUUCAUGUGGAUCAAACACAACAACCUGUACCUUGUAGCCACGACUAAGAAGAACGCCUGUGUCUCCCUGGUUUUCUCUUUUCUCUAUAAAAUCAUCCAGGUCUUCUCUGAGUACUUCAAAGAGCUGGAGGAGGAGAGCAUCAGGGACAACUUUGUCAUCAUCUAUGAGCUGCUGGAUGAGCUGAUGGACUUUGGUUACCCUCAGACCACAGACAGCAAGAUCCUGCAGGAAUACAUCACUCAGGAGGGCCACAAGCUGGACACCGGGGCCCCUCGUCCUCCCGCCACUGUCACCAAUGCUGUGUCCUGGAGGUCAGAGGGCAUCAAAUACAGGAAGAAUGAAGUCUUCCUAGACGUCAUAGAGUCAGUCAACCUGCUGGUCAGUGCCAAUGGAAACGUGCUGCGCAGUGAGAUCGUGGGCUCCAUCAAGAUGAGGGUGUUCCUGUCCGGGAUGCCGGAGCUGAGACUGGGCCUCAACGACAAAGUCCUGUUCGAGAACACCGGACGAGGAAAGAGUAAGUCAGUGGAGCUGGAGGAUGUGAAGUUCCAUCAGUGUGUCCGUCUGUCUCGCUUUGAAAAUGACCGCACCAUCUCCUUCAUUCCUCCUGACGGGGAGUUUGAGCUCAUGUCCUACCGCCUCAACACACACGUCAAACCACUGAUCUGGAUCGAGUCAGUCAUUGAGAAACACUCGCACAGUAGAAUCGAGUACAUGAUCAAGGCCAAGAGUCAGUUCAAGAGACGGUCCACAGCCAACAAUGUAGAGAUUCACAUCCCAGUCCCCACCGACGCUGACUCACCUAAAUUUAAGACCACCGUGGGGAGCGUCAAGUGGAUCCCAGAGAACAGUGAGAUAGUCUGGUCCAUCAAAUCCUUCCCAGGUGGUAAAGAAUAUCUCAUGAGGGCCCACUUUGGCCUGCCCAGUGUGGAGGCAGAGGACAAAGAAGGCAAACCUCCCAUCAGUGUCAAGUUUGAGAUCCCCUACUUCACCACCUCUGGCAUCCAGGUACGCUACCUGAAGAUCAUCGAGAAGAGCGGCUACCAGGCCCUGCCCUGGGUCAGAUACAUCACUCAGAAUGGAGACUACCAGCUGAGGACACAGUAAUGAUGCCGGACAGACUGGACACCGUCAGAAACCGUAAAUGUUCACGGAUAAACAACUGCAUCAAUCGUCAGUUCCUCCAGGAAAUUUAAAAUCUCUCAGUCUCAAGAAUCAACACAAAGAAAUUCGGUGAAUCCCUGUAGAAGAGCUUGGAUGUAAAUUUGCUAAUUUGACAAAUUUUCAGCAAAACAACAGUCAAAUCCAAAGUAUGCAUCAAAGCUAUUAUCUUUCACCUUCUCUGUAUGAAUAAUCCAAUGCAGAGCUGCUGUUUCAAACCAAAGCACUGUAAUGAAACAGGUCAAAUAAAGGUCAAAUAACAUCACCCCUCCACAUGAACAAACCGACUUCCUUGGAAAUAAAGUACAUGAAUGCCUGGAGGACCUAGUUUCCCCAAACUGGUUUCUCAGGCAGAGCUGUGUUAACCCCUGAGGCUCCACCAGUGUAAAUCCCAGCUGUAGUCACCAACCCUUUUUCUACCCGACAAAAGAAAUUGAUGCCAAAUAUAUGAACAUAUGUGGCAGAAAAAGCAAAUUUACCUCAUUUACUUCAGCUACUGUUGGAGCUUAUAGACAUAUAUUGUACAAUAAAAGUGUGGUGCCAUAUCACCAUCUAAGACACUUUCCAUCUAAAGCUAGUGAGACAAAGAGUGAAAUAUAUCCUGACUUUAGUUUUGUUACAUCUCCUUCCAUCAGCAGUGAUUUCAUCUGCGCCACAGUCAGGAUCACUUAAAUCAAGGCUGAGGCAAGUUGGAGUGGUUUGAAAUUUCAGUCAAGACUGAUUCCAAAUGAGGUCUGCAUCAAGACUGAGACCCAUUCUCCAUCCUGUCGCUCAUUGUGUGAGUCAGCAGUCACAUAUCUUCUAUCAGUCAAUACAGAGCAGUGGAGGUGAGAAUAAAGAAGUGACUGACAGCAAAGCAGCUUCUCCAGUCUGAUGUGAGAGGAGCUAGCCAAAAGAACUGGGCAUGGUCGAGACAAAAGACUAACAGUCAGGAUGGCCGGCUGAAGACGAGACAAGACCGUGACCGGACUCGAGUCCUACAGCUCUGGAUGCCCCUGUAGAGUAUGACUUGAUUUCCACACUUUGCCACUCAGCAUUACAAUCCUCUUUAACCCAUGGAUAACUCUUCAAACUCUUACCUAGAGUCAUUUAGCAGUAAAACUCAGUUAAGUCUGUGAGUGUUUCUCAAACUUUUUCACAUCAGUGACCUAAACUGACACAAACUAGACCACGGACCCUCAUCUGAUAAAAUGUUGCUUUUUAGAUGUUUGAUUACAGAAAGUGUUUGAAACCUAUGAUAAAAAUACUCAUUGUGUUACUUAUGGAUGGAAAUAUAGUGAAUAUAAAUGAUUCCCCCAGGAACUCCCCCACAGACCCCCGGGGUUCCCGGGACCCCACUUUGAGAAUCACUAGUUCUGUUUAAGAGAAGAAAAAUGUUCUCCAAACAGCCAUACUGUCUUAUUGACUGUGGUAUGUUGUUAGCAAGCAAGCUAGUUCCCAGCACAUACAAGAGUCAGCUGAUUUUCUUCUUGAAUGUGGACUGUACAAACCUGCCAGCCUCACAGAACAAUGUCUUUGACCCAGCUGUUACUGAAGACACAGCUCUAAUGUGAACUGCUCCUGAAAACAACAGUGUCUGUGUGUGAAACACAGAUUUGAUGCUGGAGGUGAUGAGUGGUUUUUUUCUGUUUGUGCUGGUCUAGUCGAGCAGUUUCCCCCUUAGGCUCAACACGGGAGGCUCAACGCGCCUCACUGUUUCUGACCUGAAAUACACAUCUAAAGAGUAAACUCAGUUUAAACGCAAAGAGGAUUUCAGACAAAGUUACAUAGAGUGGGACAGGGAGUUAAGCUUUUUCCAGCUGUGAAUAAAUGUGUGGAGGACAAAAUGAUUGUAGAUCCUUGGAUCCCUCUGUAUGCCCCUCUCCUCCAAGAUCAUGGAUUGAAAUGAAAACAAAGUGCUGCUUAAAGAAUAUGUUAAUGAGCAAACUCAUCUCCCUAAUGACAAAGCUCCAGAGCAGUGACAGAGCACCUGUGACUGUCGUGAGGAACAGAUUGACCUUUUGGUCUCAUAUUUCAUUUGUGUGUUUUUUCUUACACUGACCUCUUGUCUGACCAAUCAAUGUUUGUUUCCAGGAAACAAGCUGAAUGUAUAAUGAAGAUGUAAUUUAUUUUUUAAAAGUCUAGAUAUCCAACUUAAAACUUCUUGAUUGUUGGUGUUGUGUGUCAGGUGCUUGAUAGAUUUGUUUCUGUAUUGUGAACUUGCUGUGACUCAGUUGUCACAGCCUCAACCAAACUAAGUGCUGAGCGGAUGUAGAGACACUUUGACAGCUCGACUUGUUACAGAGUAGUCUCUGUCUCUGCUAAGCUAAUGCUAGAGGCAAGUCUGAGCUUCCUAAAUAAAUGGAAAUGUUAAAUAGCGCACUGUAUGUAGAGUAAGAACAUUUGCACAGCAAUAUCGAUCUAAAACUGACAACUGGGUUUAAUGAGGUGUGCAAACAAUGCCAAAACCUAAUAUUUGUAUUGUCUGAAGGAAAUAUUUGUUCUUCCAUGAUGAAAAAAUACAAGGCUCCAAUUUGAAGUGCCAGUCCACCUUCCCUGUUGUCAAACAGUGUUUUAAUUUACAUGUGCGCCAUCACACAGUGUUAUUUAUCAUCCCAGUGUGACAGAUUGGAGCUGAGAUGAGAUGAGACUGAGGUACCUAAGAGUGUUCACACUGCUCACAUGACAAUAAACUGCACAGCUGUUUUUUGUAGACUUUAGAAUUUUUUCCACAAUUUAAAAGAAAAAAAUUAUAUUUAAGUGUUGAUUUAAUAUCUCUAUAGAUCAUAUUAGUGAUAUUACGUCCAUCAGUGGUUGAAAUGUAAUGUACUAAUAUUCAGCUGAUCAUACAGAAUAUUUGUAUCAGAUGAUUAUCUGCAAAAUCAAAAAUCAAUAAAGUAGUUUUAUGGAUUAAAAA